AUGCGUACUGUCCCCCUGAAAGCUCCAAAGCCAACAAGUAUCACGGUUUCAGGUUACGUAAGCGUAGAGGUGGCCGAGGCGAGGUCAUCCGUGCUGGUGGAGAACCGGAACCACCUUCAGUACAUCCAGAGCCAGUCAUACACUACGCGGCGGGGGGACACGCCGCUCAGGAUCCAGGAGGAGUGUCUGGCCACCUUCGGAGUGAGUGCCGCGCUUAAUAGGCACUCGCCCCUGGCACCCUACAUUAAUAAGGCAAUCCACUACAUGCAGGCUGGCGGGCUGAAUGACAAGUUCUUCGAGGAUGUGCUGCUCUAUGACCUGGACAGCGCCAACCCGCACCACAACGAGGGGCAGGAGACCUGGCUGGACUUGCACGACAGCGACGCCGUGCUCUCCGGGGCGCGGGUACUGUCGCUGGAACACCUGUUGGGCGCCCUGCUGCUUCUGGGCGUUGGUUACCUGCUGGCGGGGGUGACUCUGGGGGUGGAGAAGUGCUGCCUCCCCUCCGUCACCCCUCGUCACCCCUCCUCUGACUCAACCGCUCGAUAACCCUGAUUCACCCGUUUGGAACACUGACUCACCGAUUUACUGACUCGAAUCUAGAUGAAGGGUGAAGACAUGCUAAAUCUCUCCCAUUUGACUCAUCCGAUUUGAAGAGACUCACCCAUUCACUGACUCAGACUUAUUCACUUACGUAUUCCCUAACUUAUUCCCUGACUCAUACUAAACUAAGGGAUGGAUAAAAGUUGAAUCUCCCCCUCUUUACUUAUCACAUGACUCAUUCGCUUUGACUCACUCACAUCGAAAGCCUGACCCACCCAUUCCCUGACUCAACCUGAACUGAAAUGUGGAGAAAAGUGGCAUCAUCCCCCUACACUUACCACUUGACUCUUCCACUAUACUGACUCACCACAUCGAAAGUCUGACUCACCCAUUCCUUGACUCAAACUUAACUGGAGGGUGGAAAAAAUGUUGCAACUCGCCCCCUUCUCUCAUCUUUCAACCCCCUGACUCACUCCCCUACACCUGGAACAGAUUCAUUGGCUCUUAAUAAAGCUGACUGAUUCGCACCUGUAGCCUUCAUUAAUUAACCUGAUUCUGACACGGUAAUUACGUCAGAGCUUCGAUUUUGACAUUAUUACGUUACAG